UUGAUUGAUUGCCUAAUUAAGUUUGAGCGAUUAGAAUUGUCUGAGGCUGAAAAAAGGUGUUUAUAUCUUGGUAUGGUUCGUAAGGUCAUAACUGAAUACAUAAUAUGUAGUAUAAUUACGUAAUAAAAUCGGGCAGAGAUAAAGAUUACAUCUAAGUCGUGAAAACACUGAUGUAUAACUGUAAUAACCGUUUCAGUUUGAAAGGCAACUUUGAAGUGUAAAUUGCUUUAAAAAAUAUAUGUAAGUAUGUGUAAGUGUAGGUAUCAGGUUCUAUGUUCAAUUUUAAAAAUAAUUAAUUCAUAGAAAUUUAUAUGAGAUAAAUAUACGACGCAGAUUUAAAUAUCUAUGCUUAUUAGAAUAACCGUUACUAAUGGCUUGUUAUUCAUCGUAUCUUUUGCUAUUUCAGCAUUCCAUCCUUAACAAUAGAAAAACAAUGCUACGGUUAUCGCCAAAUUUUACAGCCGUGAGAUGUUAUCAAUGCCAAAAUUAACAUAACACCAAGAAACAGUUUCUUUUAAGAAUUCCGGCAUUAUACGUGAAUAGGGCUAAGGGAACAAUCACGAAUCGAGACUAUGUGUGCAUAGGAACUGAUAACAGUUUUAUUGCUUAGCUUAUUUUGUUAAUUCAUUAACAUUUGUCUCGGAGUUAUCUUAGUGCAGCCAUCACACGACCUAUGACACAAUUAUCACGGCGCUGAGAGGGUAGUUAAUUUUAUUACAGUUACUUGUACCGACCGACACCGGUCGUCAUAUGAACAGCCUGGAGUUGACAGAAAAAUGUGUAAAUAUAAUUUAUUAGUGGCAUAUCUAUCGUUUAUAACAGUGAGUGAAUAUUUUAUGAGAAUAGAAGCGUUCAGAGUUUUUGAUGUGGAUGGCGCGGAAACGAUAUUGGCCUCGGAAAAUGAAAAUAUUAAUAUAGAGUGUAAAACGGAUAUGCCUAUGGCUUACUGUGGUUUCAUACACCCUACGGGAAAACGUUACUCCUUUUCAGGAUCAACUCUCAACGCGGGACAUUGCGCAAUAAAAAUAAAAGCAUCGAAGAACGACAGCGGAGUAUGGCGCUGUCACAUAGGUACCCAGGAGACGGGGCUUGAGAUCAUGCAGUCUAUAGAAGUCAGGGUGGUGACGAAGAUGGCGGCUUUAAAGCAGAAUGUCACGGCCAUACACGGCAAGCCGAUAACAUUAUCCUGUGCCACUACUAAAUUGACACCCAUGAGCUAUUGCCGCUUUGAACCCCCUACCGGCCAGCCUUUUAGUAUUAAUUCAGGAGUGACAGCUGCAAACCCCAUUCUCGGAAGAUAUUACUUUCCGAGUAACAAAAGCUUAGAUCGCGGAGACUGCGCGGUGACCAUACGUAAGGUGAAAUAUGAGGAUGUGGGCUCAUGGACCUGCGGCGCCGGCCUGGAAGACGGCAAGGAGUACAUCGACUUUAUUAAACUAGAUGUUGAAGGACUGUAUACAAUGUCGACAGCGUCCGCAACCGGCAUAACGUUCGGAGCAAUUGGUAUUGGAGCUAUACUGGCGGUACUAGGGUUCGUUGCGUGGAAGAAGAGAAGAUUCCUAGGCGCAGUGAGACCUGAUGCUGAAGAAACAGAGGGACAUGAAAUGGAACAGCUGCCAGAGAGGCGGACGCCUCAGAGGACUCCCCAGCCUGGCCGCAGCGUCCCCCAAGUGACAGUAGAGACGCCAUCUGACCCCAGCCAAUCACCCCUAAUGUCUCGAACGCCAUAAAUAUAGGUUUUUUUUCUUUGCAUGUCAAUUUAUGACUUGAUUUUUUAAGGCCAUUAUUUUUAAGUGUCACUGGCCUCUAAUGUAAGAUAAUGUUAACAUUGAUUUUAAUUAUUGUUGUUGUAUAGUAUGGAUUUUGUUUUUAAUUAUAGUUAUUAAUUAUAAAUUGCAAUGUAAGAUAAGUGUAGAGGUAAAACCUUAAUCCCUAUCUUGGUUGGUUAUAUUAUAAUUAUUGUAGAAACAAAACCAUAAUUUAACUAUUUAUAUUUUAUUGUUGAUUAAUAAUAUGACUAAUGAAACUAAAUUGAUUUACAAUGAUCAAUAAAGUUAAUUCUUAAUAAUAAA